GAAAAAGGCGCGAACUUUAACUUGGAUCAGUCACGUGGUCAUAGAUACUCAGCACGUUAGUUCAUUUAGGUUUGUGUGGUACAACAGACGUGUAUUUCUUUCUUAUUAUGGACUCAUUUCGCAAGAAAAAAAAGCAUUUGAUGUGUUAUAACCUGCAAGAACCUCUGGUUAAAUGUAUCGCGCUAACGCGACGAUCUGUCCUGUGAAAUGAUAGUUUGGGCGAGUAUUGCUAAUUAUGGUGAGAUCUUUCUUUUCUGUACUUGCAGGGUUUGACACGUCCCAUAUUCAUCUGCUGGAAAUAAUUCUUCAGGCGACUCGUGAAUCUGUUCUCUAAUCAUGCCGAAACCACCGUUUAAAGUUGCCGACAUCAGUUUAGCGGAUUGGGGUAGAAAGGAAAUCAAGUUAGCAGAGAAUGAAAUGCCAGGGCUUAUUAUGAUGAGGCAAAUGUAUGGCAAAGAAAAGCCACUCACUGGAGCUAGGAUUGCUGGAUGUCUUCAUAUGACUGUUCAGACUGCAGUUUUAAUUGAAACCUUAGUCGAACUGGGAGCAUCGGUUCAAUGGUCAUCCUGCAACAUUUUUAGCACACAAGACCAUGCUGCCGCAGCCAUUGCAAAGACGGGCGUUCCAGUUUACGCGUGGAAAGGUGAAACCGAUGAGGAGUACACUUGGUGUAUAGAGCAAACUUUAAUAUUUCCUGAUGGUUUACCUUUAAACAUGGUGUUAGACGAUGGUGGUGAUCUUACAUCUCUUGUUCACGAGAAACAUCCUGAAUAUCUUGAAGGCAUAAAAGGCAUAACAGAGGAAACCACAACUGGUGUUAGGAAUCUUUAUAAGAUGUUUUCCAGUGGUCGACUAAAAUGUCCGGCCAUCAACGUUAACGACUCUGUUACUAAGGUAGGGUGUUGCUUAUAUUUUGAUGAAGUUUUCCAAAAGAGCAAAUUCGACAAUCUCUAUGGUUGCCGUGAAUCGUUGGUUGAUGGAUUAAAAAGAGCCACUGACAUCAUGCUUGCAGGAAAGGUAGCAUUAGUCGCAGGUUAUGGAGAUGUUGGUAAAGGGUGUUCUCAAGCUCUUCGUUCUUAUGGCGCGCGUGUACUUAUAACAGAAGCCGAUCCAAUCAAUGCUUUACAGGCUGUUAUGGAGGGUUACGAAGUAACAACAAUGGAAGAUGGUGCGAAAAGAGCGAAGAUAUUUGUUACUGCCACUGGUUGUGUAGAUAUCAUUUCUGGUGAGCAUUUCUCAGAAAUGAUGGACGAUGCGAUUGUCUGUAAUAUUGGCCACUUUGAUACUGAAGUCGAUGUUAAGUGGCUCAAUGAGAAUUGUGUCAGUAAAGAAUCAAUCAAACCUCAAGUUGAUCGUUACACAUUAAAAAAUGGAAGACAUAUUAUUCUACUUGCAGAAGGUCGCCUAGUAAAUCUAGGCUGUGCUCAUGGUCAUCCUAGUUUCGUAAUGUCAAACUCUUUUACAAAUCAGGUACUAGCACAGAUUGAGCUAUGGACAAAACCCGAUCAGUAUCCAGUUGGCGUCCAUUUUCUCCCUAAAAAGUUGGAUGAAGCUGUUGCUGCCGCUCACUUGGAACAGUUAGGUGUCAAACUAACAAAAUUAACCAAAAAGCAAGCUGAUUAUCUGGGUGUACCAGUUGACGGACCAUUCAAGGCGGAACACUAUAGAUAUUAAAUUUAAGUUACUUGAUUUGUAAAAAUAUGUCAAUUUAUAUGUAUCAUAAUCUAAUGAACUGUUAUUACUCUAAAAUACAGGUGCGUUGGAAAAGUGUU